AUGAAGACCCAUCUCUACCUUCUUCUGCUAGCUGCAGGCAUCUCUGCCGCUCCCCAGAUGAGCAGCAUGGCUGAAUUACUGACAUUAUUACAGCAAAUGUGUGAGUCGGUGACAAAGGACAUUCAGAAUUUGAGGAUUGAAACUCCAGACAAUAUAGAUGAUGUGAAUUGUGUCAGCACAAUUUUUGAAGGAACGGAACAGCUGAAAACUAACCCAGCUAUGAAAAAAUUCAGUGUCUUUUUUCAAAAAUUAGAAAGACUGAAGCAAUCACUCACACCAAGCCUGGCAAAAGAGGGGAAAUGUGAUACAGAAAGAAAGAAUGCAACAAUAUUCAUAGGAAAGCUGAUGACAUUCAUCCGAAAAGCAUCGAAAAAUGCAAGAGCGUAG